GGGCACGAUCGCAAUCAGUUGAGAACGUGGAGCGCGCGUGAACAGAACUCAGAUAGCGAUACCAUACCUUUUGGGAUUCAGAUACAUUUGCAGUGCGCAUUACUCACUCAUCCGCCAGAUACGAAGAUACAUUUCGCAGUGCGCCAGACGAUUGCAACUGGCAAACUGGAUUUACCACCCAAAAAAUUACAAAAAAAAAACAACCAAAACAAUACCCACAACUACAACUCGUGUUAAGUGAAAAACGAAGCCAAUUGCAGCAGCAAAAAAAAACUUUCAAAACCCGAGCCAUAGCGAAAUAAAAAAAGUAGUUCAGAGCGUGAAAAAUACGUUACUUGCUGCAAAAGUUGUGAAACGUAUCCGAGAGAUACAAACCCAUUGGGAGAGCGAGAGCGGCCUAAGCAAAGUGCAAUUUCCUCAGGCAAACACAAUUAAAAACAUACCUAUAAAAUCAUCCAAAACCAAACAAAUAAUAAAGGCUGAAAAAUUCAAAAUACGCAACAACUGAACCUCGACGACGAUUCGCAAGACAAACUAUAGUUGGAUUAACAUUUUUUCGAUCAAGAACCAGAACUCAGCGAACGGAAGCGAAAUGCAAGUGGAGGCCAGCUACCCGAAAUACGCCGGACGUGUGCCACCUUUGGACCUCUCGCAGGUGAAUGGAGGUCAGGACUUGUGGGGCGGCAAUGGGUCCAGCACCCCAUCCGCCAGGCGCCACCUGCUCCACCAUCCCUACCAAAUGCUGGACAAGUGCCGCGGUGGAGUCACCCUGAUCAGUGCCUCCACAUCCUCAACCACCUCCUCCUCCGAUGACAACAACAAUCGACUGUUGAGCGAGGAUGGGACCACAAGUCUGCUGCAUCCGAUGGGCUCCGAUGGUCUGCCAUUGGAUCCGCGGGAUUGGACGCGAGCCGAUGUGUGGAAGUGGCUCAUCAAAAUGGCUGUUUCCGAGGGACUGGAGGUGACCGCCGAGCUGCCCCAGAAGUUCCCCAUGAACGGGAAGGCCCUGUGCCUGAUGAGCCUGGACAUGUACCUGUGCCGAGUUCCCGUGGGCGGCAAGAUGCUCUACCGGGACUUCCGGGUGCGACUCGCCCGGGCAAUGGCCCUGCUCUCGUAGAUACCAGUACCGGUAGCUCACGGAUGCAAACCCCUCUCUGGUUGUACAUAUCUCUAGGAUUCGGUUAGUUUAGCCUAGUUCUGCUAGUUGUAAUGCCUAGUCGCUAGUGCUCUCGUUAGUUAAGACUUAGCCAUAAUAUCCUGCAUUUCAAUAUUGUCAAAGAUUGCUCUGAGUUCCCAUUUCAUACGAAAGGCGAACCAAUUGAGUUGAAUAAAACGGAAAAAGAGUGAAGUUAAAAUGCUGUCCUAUUAGUUAAUUAAGUUCGCAUCUGAUAAAAAAAAUAUAAAAUGAAAUUUUAUAACUGAAAAA